CGUGACGUCACGUCGGAGCGUGGACUUCAUCCCGGGAGUCGAAGGCUGAUCAACAUCCGGGACACCGGGAGCGGGACUCACAGUACAGUACACAGUACAGUACACAAGAUACACACGGCAGCUGAGCAGUGAAAUGGAUGAUGGGAAGCCGGUAUGGGCGCCCCACCCCACGGAUGGGUUUCAGCUGGGCAGGAUUACAGACAUCAGCACUGACAGUCUGACCAUUGAACCUCUUAACCAGAAAGGAAAGGCUUUUCAAGCUCCUGUCAGUCAAGUCUUCCCUGCUGAGGAUGAUGUUAACAAACAUGUGGAGGACAACUGCUCGUUGAUGUACUUAAAUGAAGCCACACUUCUGAAUAACAUCCGUGUGCGCUACAGUAAAGAUAGGAUAUAUACGUUUGUUGCCAACAUCCUGAUUGCUGUGAAUCCGUAUUAUGAAAUUCCCAAGCUGUAUUCUCCAGAGACUAUUUCACAGUAUAAGGGGCGGUCCCUGGGAACGCUCCCACCUCAUGUAUUUGCAAUUGCCGAUAAAGCCUAUCGUGACAUGAAAGUGUUGAAGAUGAGUCAAUCCAUCAUUGUGUCUGGAGAAUCAGGGGCAGGAAAAACUGAAAAUACUAAGUUUGUUCUCAGGUACUUAACUACAUCGUAUGGUACAGGUCAAGACAUUGAUGAGAGGAUAGUAGAAGCAAACCCACUGCUCGAGGCAUUUGGGAACGCCAAAACUGUCCGAAAUAACAACAGCAGCCGAUUUGGGAAGUUUGUUGAGAUUCACUUUAAUGAAAAGAAUGCAGUGGUAGGUGGUUUUGUAUCUCAUUAUCUGUUGGAGAAGUCGCGUAUCUGCACACAGGGUCAGGAUGAGAGAAACUAUCACAUCUUCUACAGGCUGUGUGCUGGAGCAUCUGAAGAUAUCCAACAGAAGUUUCAUCUCGGAUCUCCAGACUCUUUCAGGUAUCUGAGUCGAGGAUGCACGCGGUAUUUCUCUACGAAGGAGUCAGACAAAAAGAUUCCUCAAAACCGCAAGAGUCCAGAGCAUAUGAAGACAGGGUCUUUGAAAGAUCCUCUGCUGGAUGAUCAUGCAGACUUCAGUAGGAUGUGUGAUGCUAUGAAAAGGAUCGGUCUGAAUGAUUCAGAGAAGCUGAAUCUGUUCAGGGUGGUGGCUGGAGUUUUACAUCUUGGAAACAUUGAUUUCGAGGAGGCUGGAAGCACUUCAGGUGGCUGUAACAUUAAGAAGGCGUGUGGUCAGUCUCUGGAGUUUUGUGCUGAGCUGUUGGGUUUGGAUGAAGAAGAUCUGAGAGUCAGUCUGACCACCAGAGUCAUGCAUACAACAGCAGGGGGCGCUAAAGGCACAGCUAUCAAGGUUCCUCUGAAGGUUGAGCAGGCCAGCAGUGCUCGUGAUGCUCUAGCUAAAGCCAUCUACAGUCGUCUCUUUGAUCAUGUGGUCACCCGAAUAAACCAGUGCUUCCCCUUCGACUCAUCUGCUCAUUUUAUCGGCGUACUGGACAUCGCUGGAUUCGAGUAUUUUGAACACAACAGCUUUGAGCAAUUCUGCAUUAAUUACUGUAAUGAAAAACUCCAGCAGUUCUUUAAUGAACGAAUUCUCAAAGAGGAGCAGGAGUUAUAUCAGAAAGAAGGUCUAGGUGUCAAUGAAGUCCAUUAUGUGGAUAAUCAGGACUGCAUCGAUCUGGUGGAGGCGAAGCUAGUUGGCAUCUUGGAUAUCUUGGACGAAGAAAACCGACUACCUCAACCCAGUGACCAGCACUUCACAGAUACAGUUCACAACAAACAUAAAGAUCAUUUCCGCUUGACUGUUCCCAGGAAGUCCAAGCUAACAGUGCACAGGAACGUCCGAGACGAUGAAGGUUUCAUCAUAAGACACUUUGCUGGAGCUGUCUGCUAUGAGACGACUCAGUUUGUUGAGAAGAAUAACGAUGCCCUUCACACAUCGCUGGCAUGUCUGGUGAGCGAGUCGAAGGAUAAAUUCAUUGGCGAACUCUUUGAGAACUCAAACAAUUCGAAAGAUGCAAAACAGAAAGCCGGAAAGCUCAGCUUCAUCAGCGUCGGCAACAAGUUCAAGACACAAUUAAAUAUUCUUUUGGAAAAGCUGCGCAGUACUGGUUCGAGUUUUAUCCGCUGUGUUAAACCCAAUCUGAAGAUGGUCAGCCAUCACUUUGAGGGAGUUCAGAUACUCUCACAACUACAGUGCUCAGGGAUGGUGUCCGUGUUGGAUCUGAUGCAGGGCGGAUUUCCUUCACGAGCACCUUUCCAUGAGCUCUACAACAUGUACAAAGAGUACAUGCCAGCCAAACUGACGCGCCUGGACCCGCGUCUCUUCUGUAAGGCUCUCUUCAAAGCUCUUGGCCUGAACGAAAACGAUUAUAAAUUUGGUUUGACAAAAGUUUUCUUCAGACCUGGAAAGUUCGCAGAGUUCGAUCAGAUUAUGAAGUCUGAUCCGGAUCAUCUGGCUGAACUGGUGAAGCGUGUGAAUAAAUGGCUGAUCUGUAGCCGCUGGAAGAAGGUUCAGUGGUGUGCGCUCUCUGUUAUUAAACUGAAGAAUAAGAUGUUGUAUCGAACCCGAGCGUGUAUCCAGAUGCAGAAGACCGUCCGCAUGUGGCUGUGCAAGAGGAAACAUAAACCACGUAUUGAAGGUUUGGUGAAGGCUCGUAACCUGAAGAAGAGGAUUGAGAAGUUAAAUGAGGUGGUGUCCCAACUGAAGGAGGGCAAACAAGAAAUGAGCAAACAAAUGCAGGAUCUCGAUUCCUCUGUUGACAGCCACAUAUACAAGAUAAAGAGGACCGUCAUGAGCCGUCUGGAGAUUGAUCAUGAACAUCAGGCUCUGGUGACGCGAUCUCAAGAGCUGCUCAAUGCCAUGCAGAAGAAGAAACAAGAGGAGGAAGAGAUGGAGCGUCUGAAACGAAUCCAAGAGGAGAUGGAGAAAGAGAAGAAGAGACGCGAGGAAGACCAGCAGAAACGUAAACAAGAAGAAGAAGAAAGACGUCUGAAAGUAGAAAUGGAGUUGAAGAGGAAACAGGAAGAAGAAGAGCGUAAGAAACGUGAGGAAGAGGAAAAGAGACUGCAGGAGGAGAUGGAGCGUCAGCUGGAGGCGGAGAGAGAGCAGGAUACGGCCCGGCAGGCCGUACUGGAGCAGGAGCGUCGGGACAGAGAGCUCGCCCUCCGGAUCGCCCAGAGUGAGUCGGAGCUUAUCCCAGAAGAGUCGCCCGUGGACCCUGGACUGCGCAGUGUUGCACCACCACAAAAGCUCAAGAGCUUGACCAUGGAAGAAAUGGCUCAGGAGAUGUCUGAUCUUCUGGCUCGAGGUCCACAGAUGGCCACAAACACUUUAGCUGAUAUCAAGAAAUAUGAACUCAGCAAGUGGAAAUACGCUGAGUUAAGAGACACCAUCAAUACAUCCUGCGAUAUCGAGCUGUUGGCUGCGUGUCGUGAGGAGUUUCACCGCAGACUGAAAGUUUAUCACGCAUGGAAGUCAAAGAACAAGAAACGUAAUGCUCAGGAUGACCAGAGAGCACCGAAAGCCGUCACUCAAUAUGUUGGAAUAUUUGAUAGCAGAUUCAGAGCACAACAGAACCAGGUCGCUCCCGCCUUGCCUCGGCCGCACGAGCAGAUCGUCAUGAGUAGACAGCAGCGUUUCUUCCGCAUUCCCUUCAUCCGACCCGGAGAUCAGUUCAAAGAUCCUCAGAGCACAAAGAAAGGCUGGUGGUACGCACACUUCGAUGGGCCCUGGAUCGCCCGACAGAUGGAGCUUCAUCCAGACAAACAUCCCAUUGUGCUCGUGGCAGGCAAAGAUGAUAUGGAGAUGUGCGAGUUGAGUUUGGAGGAGACGGGUUUGACGAGGAAACGCGGUGCUGAGAUUUUGCCCAGGCAGUUUGAGGAGAUCUGGGAGCGAUGUGGAGGAGUUCAGUACCUCAGAAAAGCCAUCGAGAGCAGACAAGCCCGACCCACAUACGCCACAGCCAUGCUGCAAAAUCUGAUGAAAUAAACACAACCAUAUUGCACAGCCUACUGAAUAAACGCAUACAUUCACAAUCUAACACAAACACAGCCAUGCUGCUGAAAACACACACCUGAGUCUAACUAACACACACACAAACCUUUAGAUUAGUUAGAAGUUAAACUGCCAAAUCUUACACAUUUAUUUAGUUUUUUUAAUGUGCUUUGUUUUUAUGUAGUUUUUUUUUUAGUAUUUCUUUAGUAGCUGUUUGAAAGCUUUUGUUUGGUUUUCUCAUAUUUUAAUUUCUGCUAAAUUGAAUUAUUGUGUUGAUUUGACUUUAUUUACUGUUCUUCACAGCGUAAUUGCCUCUAAACUGCCUCUUAAUAUGAUUAUUGUCAUUUUGUUUUCGGUAUAUGAUGAGUAUCAUUAAUCCACAACUUUGAAUAAGUUAGUUUUUUUCAUAACAUUUGAAUGAAUCUUUGACAUGCAGAUGUAAAUACUGAUCUCAGUCAGCACUUUACACUAUUUACAGUUUUGUUAUUCUCAGUGAGUUUAACUGCUUGCAGGAAGUAUUUACAAAAGCUAUAAAUACAGUAAAUACAACAACUCUGGUAAGUAAUGAUGACUAAAUUAUGACUCUUGAAUGAAAAACAUUUAAUAAAAAUAAUGAUUUUAAUAGUA